AAUCACCUAAACUUGCUGAGCAAUCCUCAUUGACUUUUAUUAAAAAAUAGGUUUCUUAAUGGAGUUGAUUGAGUGAGUGACACUGUUAGUUUAAACUUUUACUUUCUCAUACAACAAUUUUCUUAAAAUAUAAUGAUAAGUCUAUGUUAUGGUUUUCAUAUAUGCUUGUAUAACAAACAACAAAAAGAUAGCCCUUAAAGAAAACUGAAAUGAUCAAAAAACUUAACCAGAAAUUCAGGAUAUUUAAUAAUGAAUCUCAAACUUACGAAAACUUUAUCACAUGGAUCCACUUUUUUCUCUCAAAGGGAUGUGAAAAAUGCACUUAAAGAAAAACUCUAACCAAACACACUUUGUUCAAUACAUACCUGCCUUACUUGUCUCUAUAGAUAUAUCCUAUAGAUCAUAAAAUUAUACAUAUAUAUGACCAAAAUUUCAGAAUCACUUUCAAGAAUUAAUGGCUUUCAACAACAAAUCCAAGAAGUAUAAUUCACCUAAUUCUCAUUGCAAUUUCUGCAUCACCCUUUUCUUCAUUUCCCUCUUCACUAUACCAACUUAUUUCAUUCUCAACAACACCACCACAAACUCCAAAUGCACCAAGCUCACCAAAAGUUUUUCAGGCGAUCUUCUUUCAGCCGAGUUUGCAUGGAACAGCCUUUCAUUUUCACAACACAAUAACCCUUCGCCUAUAGUUCUCAAAAUUGCAGUCUUUUCUAGAAAAUGGCCUAUUGGAACUGUUCCUGGUGGCAUGGAACGCCAUGCUCACACCCUUCACACUGCUUUAGCUCACCGCGGACAUCAAGUUCAUGUUUUUACUUCACCCUCAGAAGAAGAUGAAACAACAACAAAAACAACAACAACAAGAACAACAACUUUAAUCUCAUCAAAAGGUGCACCUUCUUCACCUUACAUUCAUUUUCAUGAAGGCGAGCCGGGUAAGUGGCGUUACAACAAAGCAUGGGAACUUUUUCUUGAAGAAAACCAAAGAGAUCAACCUUUUGAUGUUGUUCAUUCAGAAAGUGUAGCACUUCCUCAUUGGCUUGCAAAGGAACUUCCAAAUCUUGUUGUAUCAUGGCAUGGCAUAGCAUUGGAAAGCUUGCAGUCAAGCAUUUUUCAAGACUUGGCCCGUUUGCCGGACGAGCCUAGAUCCCAAGAUUUUGAAAAGGGGUUACAAGGGGUUGUUCCUAAGAUUCUCAAUGAGAUAAGAUUCUUCAACAAAUAUUCUCAUCAUAUUGCUAUUAGUGAUAGCUGUGGUGAGAUGUUAAGAGAUGUUUACCAAAUUCCAAGUAGAAGAGUUCAUGUGAUUCUCAAUGGUGUUGAUGAGGAAGAUUUUAGAGAAGAUGUUGAAUUAGGAAAAGAAUUUAGAACCAAAAUUGGAAUUCCAAGUAAUGCUAGUUUAGUAUUUGGAGUAGCCGGAAGAUUAGUGAAGGAUAAAGGUCAUCCACUACUUCAUGAAGCAUUUUCAAGGCUUAUAACAAAACACACUAAUGUGUAUUUGAUUGUAGUUGGUUCUGGACCUUGGGAAAAUAGGUACAAAGAUUUAGGGAACCAAGUUUUUACUCUUGGAUCUAUGAAUCCUUCUAUGCUAAGAGCAUUCUAUAAUGCUAUUGAUAUUUUUGUUAAUCCUACAUUAAGACCACAAGGGCUUGAUCUUACACUAAUGGAGGCUAUGAUGAUUGGAAAGCCACUUUUAGCAUCAAGGUUUCCGAGUAUCAAAGGUAGUAUUGUUGUUGAUGAUGAAUAUGGUUAUAUGUUUUCUCCAAAUGUGGAUUCACUUUUGGAAGCACUUGAAGAAGUGGUAAAGGAUGGUAAAGAGAGGCUAGUGAGGAGAGGUAAUGCUUGCCGCGAAUAUGCAAAUUCUAUGUUUACAGCAAGAAAGAUGGCACUAGCAUAUGAGAGACUAUUCUUAUGCAUAAAGAGGGAUACAUUUUGUACCUAUCCUUGAGGUUAAUUUAGGCUAUAGGUAUUGUUCUUUUUCUUUCUGUAACUGCUUUUUUCUGUUUCUUUGAUUCAAUAUAUGACAUCAAUAUAUUAUAAUAUUUUAAGAAGUUUGUCAUCUUGAUAUACUUUUCUCAUAAAUAAUAAG